AUGGCGUCAGACACCACACCACAGCUGGCUGCUCCCAAGUUAGCGAUCGGGUCUUUUCACAGAGGAGAAGUCGGAAAGGAACAACUCGACCCUCACAUUUAUGACGAUCACGGAGAUCCUCACCGCGCAGCCCUCGAAGACGCCCAGGCAGACGCCCAAGUCAGCAAAUCGACAUGGGCCGCGGUCUUCUUCCUGGCCUUCACCCUGCAAUCCUCCCUUAGCUUUGCUCUGCUCACGGUGUUCCCGGUCCUUGUGCCGAUCGCUUUGGAGUUGCAACACAGCACCAAGAACGUCAACUGGAUGGCUUCAGGAUGGUCUCUCGCGGCCAGUAUCUCCAUCACCAUAGCCGGCCAACUCAGCGACUAUUUCGGCCGUCGGUACGUCCUGUUGUUUGGUCAAGGUCUCCUGAUACUCGGUCACGUUGUCGGUGCCACCGCGCAGAGCGUCAGUCAAGGUAUUGCGGCAAUGGUCAUAUUAGGCUGUGGCACGGGCACAUCUUUUGUUUUUGCCGCAGGCAUCUCAGAAAUCCUGCCUAACAAAUAUCGAUCGGUUGGCAUGGCUACCACCGAGGCCAACCUUCUGCCAUUCAGUACCUUUGGACCCCUGAUUGCCCGCUCCCUCGUGGUAAAUGCUACAUGGCGCUGGAUAUUCUAUCUGGGCAUCAUUACUGGAGUCAUUGCACUCGUAGGCACGGCAAUCUUUUACAACCCUCCCUCUCACCCCUUUCGAGACCGGACUAGACGUCAAGUCCUCGCUGAAUUGGACUAUCUUGGAAUCUUUCUCUACACCGCCGGCAUCACUCUCUUUCUGAUGGGUCUCGAAUGGGCUGGUAACCAACAUCCUUGGCACAGCGCGGCUGUGAUAGCGCCCGUUGUCCUAGGCGCUUGUCUGUUUAUCGGCGCGUUUGUUUGGGAUUUCAGUGGCCGCCCGCAACGACCCAUCUUCCCAUGGCGCCUCUUUAGGAUGUGGCGCGAGUAUCUCUCUUUGCUCGUCAUCAUUUUUGUGACCGGGUUGGUCUACAUUUCCACCACGGCCCUGAUUCCACAGCAGAUCAACGAUAUGUUCACCAGUGAUUCCAUCAAAGCCGGCUACUACAACAUUCCGGCCGGCUUCGGCGCCUCCAUCGGUGGUACCAUCCUCGGAGGCUUGAUAUACAAGAUCCGACACGUCCACUGGCAGCUGUGUGUUGGUAUCGCAGUCCAGACACUGUUUAUCGCACUCUUUGCCCUGAUCACCCCGGACCGAAUCGCCAUGGCUCUCGUCUUCCAAUGCAUGGCCAAUAUCCCCUUUGGCUGGAUCCUUCUCUGCUGCUACACCACAGCUGGCCUGCACGUGCCUCAGAGGGACAUUGGCCUGGCAUUCGGGUUGAUAGGCUGCUUCCGGUUCCUCGGAGGCGCCGUGGGGACGACGGUGUUCAGCACAAUCCUCAGCAACCGAGCGGCCACCACCAUCCCAGCACGGGUCGUCCCCGCCGUCCUCUCGCUCGGCUGGCCCGCCGCCAAGAUCCCCGUCCUUCUUAAGGCCCUCCUGUCCGGCGCGCCGCCCUCGACCCUACAAGAACUCAAAGUGCCUCCAACGGUCAUAGCGGCAGCGAGAAAUGCCAUUCGACACGGCUACAGCGACGCCUUCAAGUACGUGUGGUAUGCGUCCAUCCCGUUUGGCGUCAUGGCCUGCAUUUUUGCCCUGUUCGUCAUCGACCCGUCCGCCUACUUUACGACCCAUGUCGCCGUCAAACUGGAAAAGGAGAGGUUGGAGAGGCGAACGGUGACCGUGGAUUACAGCAAGUCGCAAAGCCAGCAUGUCGCCGUCGAGGAGCUCGAGAAUGUCGCGAACAGGGCCUGA